AUGAACAUUUUUGUGGCUCUUUGGGAUUAUUUUCGUAAAUCGUUUGGCCGAAAGCACAUCAACGCGUUGGCGUUGCUCUUUAAUGCCGUAUGUCUGGCGUGGAUUUGUUUGACUUACUACCAAGAGCCGAACAGCAAUGGUGGAUGGGUUUUAAGAAGUUGCACGAUUGCGAUCACAGCCAUGUGCAGUCAGCUUUAUAGCGCCAAAUGUAUGGCCACCAACGAGUUGUACGCGACGGCUGUUCGCAAUUUGGCCACAGCAAAUCUCUCAAUUUGGAGUCGAUUUGGGACAAUGAUUGCACCACAGCUAUUUCAAUUGGGUGAUUCGACUUCUCCGCUUCCUUACAUAGUCCUUCUUGUCGUCACCAUUAUCGAUCUGACAGCUUUUCAAAUUUUCAUUCCCGAGACGAAAGGGAAAUCUCUCGAAAAGGAGCUCCCACCAAAAGAGAAACGCAUCUUCUACCGAGAGAGAAAGAGGCGUCAAUCCCUGGUCACUGACGACGAAGCUAUCGUUCAA